AACUCGUAAUUCUUUGUUGGAGUUGUAUGAGCUCGUAAUUCUUUAUUAGAGCUCUAUCAACUUGUCAUUCUUUAUUGGAGCUUUAUGAGCUCGUCAUGUUGUGUUGGAGCUUUUUCAGCUCGUCACUCUUCAUCGAAGCUCUGUGAGCUCGUCAUGCUAUGUUUGAGCUUUGUCAGCUCGUCAUUCUCUGUUGGAGCUUUGUCAGCUCGUCAUGCUCUAUUGGAGCUUUUUCAGCUCGUCACUCUUCAUCGAAGCUCUGUGAGCUCGUCAUGCUAUGUUGGAGCUUUGUCAGCUCGUCAUGCUUUGUUGGAGCUUUGCUAGCUCGUCAUUCUCUGUUGGAGCUUUGUCAGCUCGUCAUGCUAUAUUGGAGCUUUUUCAGCUCAUCACUCUUCAUCGAAGCUCUGUGAGCUCGUCAUGUUAUGUUUGAGCUUUUUCAGCUCGUCAUUCUCUGUUGGAACUUUGUCAGCUCAUCACUCUUCAUUGAAACUCUAUGAGAUCGUCAUGCUAUGUUGGAGCUUUGUUAGCUCGUCAUGCUUUGUUAGAGCUUUGCUAGCUCGUCAUUCUCUGUUGGAACUUUGUCAGCUCAUCAUGUUGUGUUGGAGCUUUUUCAGCUCGUCACUCUUCAUCGAAGCUCUGUGAGCUCGUCAUGCUAUGUUUGAGCUUUGUCAGCUCAUCAUUCUCUGUUGGAGCUUUGUCAGCUCGUCAUGCUGUGUUGGAACUUUUUCAACUCAUCAUGCUGUGUUGGGGCUUUUUCAGCUCGUCACUCUUCAUCGAAGCUCUGUGAGCUCGUCAUGCUAUGUUUGAGCUUUGUCAGCUCAUCAUUCUUUUUGAAAGGCUCACCAAAUAAAGAUUUGGAUCUUGC